AUGGCAUCAGAUCACUCCGUUGCAGACAAGAGCUUUUCAGAGAAGGAAAACGAAAUCCUCAAGGGUUCUGCCGCAACCUCAAUCCACUCAGUUAACACUGCCGAGACUCUUCUUAACACAUCAUCGUCCUUCACACCGGGGCCCUCACUUUUCAUUGACGCCCGUGGAAAAGAACUUUUCCGCCUACCCACACCGACUUCACAGCUAGAAAUCCACAUCAGUAACCCAGACGGAUCACUCGCAUACCUUUCCACGCGUGAGAAGCGCUGGUCAGGGAAUUGCACUCUUUCAUCGCCCCAGGGCGGCAACCUUAUCUCCACAGAGUAUUUUUUUGGACCAAAUAAGGCGCCCAUCAUUCGUCGUUCCGCCGAGUCUGAAAAGGUGUCUUCAGAGAUCAAAGUCACCGGGAAGUGGAUUUCACGAACAACAAACUUCGCCACGCCUGAUGGAUCUGCGUUCGAAUGGAGAUAUGUCAAGGAACGCGGUCCGGAUGGAAAGAAGCAACAGCUCAUGGUGCUGGAAAAAAUUGAAAUUGCGGGCCGCAGGAGAGUCGCGCACCUUCUACGAAAUGAACAAACAAUGCCAGCGAAGACGUCGACGUGCACAGCGGGGAACGGCGGGGAGCUGGUGUUUGAUCGGAAUGCAUUCGAAGUCAUGGAUGAGGCGCUGGUCGUGACUACUUGUCUCUUGAUGCUGAAGAAGGAGAUCGAUCGCCGGAGGACUUUGCAGACGCUUGUUAUAAUGGGUGCUGCUGGUGGUAAUUGA